CAUAGCUAGGCAAAGGAGUGUAAACUUGUAAAAUGUCGUAAACAUAAACAAUAAGUAUUGUUGCGGAAUCCGAAAAUUAUAAAUUAAAUUACUAUCUAACUAUUAAAAUGCCGCGCUGUGUUGUGCCGAAUUGUGGGGAAAAUGGAGUACAUCGUAUUCCCAAAGAUGAGAAAAUGUGCAAGCUUUGGUUAAAAGCUAUACGCAGAGAAAAUUUAAUUGUUACUAAUAGUACAAGGUUAUGUGGGAAACAUUUCUUGGAAAGUGAUUAUCCAAAAGUCAGUAUAUAUACAGGAGUGGAACAUCAACACAAGUACUUAAAAAAAGGUACCGUACCAUCAAUAUUUCCAUGGGCCACAAAACCACAUUCCGACAAGGGAAAGGCAAGACAAAAGCAGUUGAAGGCACGGAAAAAUAAGUUAACAAAACUUUUAGAUGGGAUAUCAACUGCUGCAACAACACAAUCCUAUGCGGACACAGUACCAUACGAUGAAGAUGACGGUGUGUACCUGAUUGUAGCCCAGCGUGAGGUUGAAUCAGAGUCUUCAAGAAAUAAACAGAGUUGUGGAACACAAACUUGUUCAAAUAGACUAAUGACAACUCAGCUAUUACUUUCUGAUAAUAAAACAGUGCAGUUUUAUACAGGUCUGGAAUCACCAGCAAAAUUUUCAUUAGUUCUAAGUACACUAUUACCGAUGGCAAAUAAUUUAAAGUAUCGGUGGGGCAAGGAGAUAGUAUUAUCAGUAGAAGACCAGUUUCUCAUGUUAUUGAUGAAACUUAGAAGAAAUAAAACACAUUUUGAAUUAAGUCUAUUAUUCGGUGUAAGUAAGAAAGAUGUCUCCAACAUUAUCGUGACAUGGAUUAAUUUUGUUAGUGAUAUCUGGAGUUUACUGGAUGUAUGGCCCUGCCAAAAAAUAGUGUCUUUUUAUAUGCAAACAAGUUUUAAAAACAAUUAUCCCUCAUCACAAGUGAGCGAGUUAAAUGCUAGUGAUAUGCAAAAAAUAGAAAGUCAAAGGGCACAUAUUGAGAGGCUUAUAGGUUUAAGUAAAAUUUAUUUGAUAUUAAAAAAUGAACUGAACCGAUUUUAUGUACCCUUAGCAUCGAAAAUUUGUUCUAUAUGUUUGAUGUUGUGUAAUUUUAAAGAAGGGAUUGUAAAUUAAAAUUGUUGAUAUUAUAAA